AUGGCAUCCGACGAACACAUGGUGAGCCAGCGGCAGGCGUCUACUGCCGAGAUGAUGCGUCGUAUCCAGACGGCUGAGAAUGUUCUUAUGCCCAUCCCCCACGAUGUCUUUGUGACGCUUUACCUGACCCCCAAAACCCCAAUUGCGGGAAGUCUCCGCCGCACUUUCGGUAACUCAACUCCGAUUUGCCUUCUUGGGUUUCUGGUCUCUGCGACACCAUGUGCCAUGAUCAAAAUGGACUGGAGGGGCUCGGGUGGAAACGGUGGUGCGAUCCUGUAG